AUGUCUACGGAUGAUUAUCGUCAUAUACAUCAUAUUAUUUCAACUAAACCAUUACCAUUAUUAAAUCCAAAUGAAACAAAUCAUGCACUUCAUUAUACACAAACAAUAGAUGAUGAAAAUGAGAUACCAACAAAUACAAAAUUACUUCAUCGUCGAGUUCAUUUAAAUGAUUUACCAGAUUAUCUUCUAAGUGGUGCAUCAAAACAACUUCUACUUCAUCGAACUCGAACACCAUCAACACCGUCUGUUUCACAAUAUGAUGAUAAUUCAGGAUAUUUUACUACUAGACAAAAUGCAACGUCAUAUUCAUAUUCACCAUUAUCAUAUAAAAGACAUUAUGAUGAUGAUUUAACAAUGUUAAAUAAACGACAUGUUAUCAAAGAACGUAUUAUUCCUGUUGAUCAUCAACGUGCAACAAUUAUUCAUGAUGAAAAACCAACGAUUUGGACAACACCAAUUCAAUUAACUACUCCAACUGUAGUUCCCGUUGCUCCUGCUCCACCAUCAGUAUUACCUGUUGUUCUCUAUCAACAACCACAACCUGUUCCAGUACCUGCUAUAUUUGCACAACCACAACCAAUCAUUCAUGCUCGUGCUAUUAUUCCUCCACCACCACCACAACAAAUUAUUCAUACUCAACCUAUUAUUCAGCAACAAACACCACGUGUAAUUGUUGAAGAACAUCAUCAUCAUCAUCAUCAUACAACUCCUCAGUCACCGAAACCUGUGCCGGUAUUACCACCGCCACCUCCUCCUGCACCUUUAACAACAACUGAAAUCACAGAAACCAUUCGUACUGUUCGUCGACGACCACGUGCAAGAGAAACUGAAACAAUUAUUGAACAAAAAGAACCCAUUCAAAAAAUAACAACAGAAGAAAUAAGUGUCGAAAAACGACGACCCCGAGUAGAAUUUGAAGAAGUUCAAAUACAAAGUGAUCCAAUAUCGAAACCUAUACGUGAAGUUAUUGUAGAACAUCAUGAUACUAUUUUUGUACCACAACAAAAAGAAAUUAUUGAAACAGAAAUUCCAUCAACUAUAGAAAUCGUUGAUACAAAACCAAUAUAUCAAAUUAAUAAUGAAAUAACUGAAAUCCCAAUAGAAUCAAAACGUGUAAUAAAAGGAAAAAAAAUUGUUGGCUCAAAAAUUGAAUCAUGGAAUCGUGGAUAUAGACCAGGUGGUGGAAAUAUUAAAAUUUAUAAUAAAGGUUUAAAAUUUGAAGAUAAUGAAGAACCUAUUAUUGAUACAUACGAUACAACUAUUACAAAACAACAAGGUGUUGUUCAAGUUCAUACAGAAGUUGAUGAUACACCUGAAGAAACAACUGUUGAAGUUAUUACUAGACCAUUUGAAAUUGAACAAACUAGUCGAGUUGUUACUGUUACUCGAGAAAUAAAAAAAGUACCAACUCCACCACCACCGACACCACCACCGCCGCCUCCUGAACCAAUUACAGUCAUUGAAGAACCUGUACCACAAGUUCAAAUCAUAGAUGAAAUUAUUGAACCACCACCACCUAAAGUAAUCAAAUUUCCUACCCUUUAUAAACGACGAAUUAAACGUCCUCAAGUAAUUAUUCAACAACCAAUAGUACAUAAAAUAAUUGAAAAACCUCCUUCACCUCCGCCACCACCUCCACAAAUUAUUAUAGAAUAUGUUGAAGAACCCAUUCAAGUACCAACACCUCCGCCAAAACCAGUUGAAUAUUAUUUAGCUCAAGAACAAUAUUUAACUGAACUUGAAUUUGAUCAAGCUUUAACAAAAUCACCAGAAAUUUAUCCUACAGAAAUAGUUGAUUCAAGUACAUAUAAUUUUGAUUAUGAAAAACAAUAUGUAACUUUCAUACCAAACCAAAUCAAUGAAUAUAAUCAUAUAGAACAAACAACUGAUUAUGAUCAAGAAAGUUUACCUUAUCAACAACUUCGUUCAAUUACAAAUGAUUUCGAUUAUGAAAAACAAUAUGCGGAAUAUAUUUCAAAACAAUUUGACGAAUUUCAUCAAUUCGAACAAACAUUAGAUUAUGAAUCAACAAAAUUAUCUCUUAAACAACUUAAUCCGACGAAUUAUGAUCUAGAUUUUGAUAAACAAUAUGCAGAAUAUUCAUCAACACAAUAUGAUGAAUAUCAUCAACCUGAACAAACAUUAGAUCGUCAUUCAACAAAAUAUUCACUUAAACAACUUCAACCUGAUGUAUAUAAAUUUGAUUUUGAAAAACAAUAUGCACACUUUGAAACAAAUCAAUUUGAUGAAUAUCAUCAACCGGAACAAACAUUAAAUUAUAAUCCAUCAAAUUUAUCACUUAAACAACUUGAACCCGAUGUUUAUAAACUUGAUUUUGAUAAACAAUAUGCAGAAUAUGUACCGAAUCAAUUAAAUGAAUUCAAUGAAACUGAACAAAUAUUAGAUCGUGAUCCAACUAAAUAUUCUCUUAAACAACUUCAAUCAGAUAUUUAUAAUGAUGAUUUUGAAGAACAAUAUGUAACAUAUGAAACAAAUCAAUUUAAUGAAUAUAAUCAACCUGAACAAAUAUUAGAUUAUGACUCAACAAAAUUAUCUUUUACAAAACUUCGUUCAAAUACAUAUAAUCUUGAUUUUGAUCCUCAAUAUGCAACAUAUUCAUCAAAAGAAUUUCAAGAAUAUCAACCUAUUGAACAAACUUUUCCUUAUGAUCCAACACAAUUAUCAUUACAUAAUGCAUCAGAAACAUCAAUAGAAUAUUUACUUUUUAAUCGAGCACUUCAUGCUGUUUGUGAAUUUGUUGAUGAUACAAUUGAAUAUUCAACAGUCGAUUCAUAUGAUCGACGUAUUCGUCCAAAAAGUGUUCAAUUACCAAUAGAAAAAUUUAAAAUAAAACAUUUUCGUGCUAUAUCACAUGACCCACCAUCUAUUUUAUGGCGUCAUCCAACAAUCGAUAUUCCAAUAAAACGUCGAAAAAUCUUGAAAAAAAAAUUAGCUUGGAAAAAAAUUCAUUAUGCUAUUGCACGUAUUGAUUGUUGGAAUAGAAAUUAUCGUCCACAAUUAAUAAAACGACAACAUUUAAAAACUAUAAAAACUUUCUAUCAUCCAAAACCAUAUGAUACAUGGAAUGAUGAUUUAUCAUCAAUAACAACAUCUCGAACUAUUCCAAGUCAUAUACGACGUGUUGAAGCUAAACCAAAAAUUGAUACAUGGUUAAGAAAAUCUUAUAUUCGACCUAAAUCAAAAAUAAAAAUACCUAAUAAACCAAUAGAUAUUCAUGGUAAAACACGUAUUGAUACUUGGUUAAAAUUAACACCACGAUCAAGAAGUACAAGUGCUCGAAUUAUUCAUCGACCAAUACAAGUUACUGGUAAAAGUAAAGUUGAUAGUUGGUUAAGACCACCUAUACGUAAAGCUCAUAGUGCUUUUGAAAUUGUUCAUAAACCAUUACAUAUUAUUGGACAUAGUCGAAUUGAUACAUGGAGAAAACAUUCAAUACAUCCAACAUCUCACUUUCAACGUAUUGUUCAUAGGCCAAUACAAGUGCAAGGAAAAAGUCGAGUUGAUACAUGGCUUCGACAAGAUCCUAUUCAUCAAACUCAAAUUAAACGAACAAUUCAUAAACCUCUUGUUAUUCAUGCACGAAGUCGUAUUGAUACAUGGAGAAAACAACAAGUUGAAGAAAGAUCACAAUUGCAAAAAAUUCAUAAACCUCUUGUUAUUCAUGCACGAAGUCGUAUUGAUACAUGGAGAAAACAACAAGUUGAAGAAAGAUCACAAUUGCAAAAAAUUUUUCAUCGACCAAUACAAAUUGAAGCGAAAAGUCGAAUCGAUACAUGGCAAAAACAUCCAUCAAAUAUUCGAUCUGAUAUUUCUAAAAUUUUUCAUAAACCAAUACAAAUCAUUGGAAAAAGUAAAGUAGAUAGUUGGCUUCGAAGUUCAUCUUAUCCAACAAGACGACAACAUAUAACUGAGAUUCAUAAACCAUUGAAUAUCAUUGCUCGAAGUCGAAUUGAUACUUGGCAAAAACAGCCAUUACAAACAAAAUCAAAUUUUGAAAAAAUUCUUCAUCAUCCAAUUCAAAUUCAAGGGAAAAGUCGAAUUGACACCUGGCAAACAACAACAUUACGACGAAGAGCUCAUAGUGCUACUGAAAUUCAUAAACCUGUUCAUAUAAUCGGCCAAAGUCGACUUGAUACUUGGCAAACACCACAAAGAAAACUUCAAACAAGUAAAAAUCGUCUAAUUCAUCGUCCUAUUCAAGUAGAAGCUAAAAGUCGAAUCGAUACAUGGCGAACAACAGCAUUACGACCACGUGCUCAUAGUGCUACUGAAAUUCAUAAACCUGUUCAUAUUAUUGGUCAAAGUCGUGUAGAUACUUGGCAAACAUCUGAAAGAAUACCACAUUCUUCAAAACAUCAAUUAAUUCAUCGUCCAAUUCAAGUAGAAGGUAAAAGUCGAAUUGAUACAUGGCGAACAACAGCAUUACCACGACGAUCUCAUAGUGCUACUGAAAUUCAUAAACCUGUUCAUAUUAUCGGUCAGAGCCGAGUUGAUACUUGGCAAACAUCCGAGAAAACACCACAUUCUUCUAAACAUCACUUAAUUCAUCAUCCUAUUCAAAUUCAAGCAAAAAGUCGAAUUGAUACUUGGCAAGUAAAUACAUCACAGCGACGACUCCAUAGCGCUACUGAAAUUCAUAAACCUGUUCAUGUUAUUGGACAGAGUCGUGUAGAUACUUGGCGUACAUCUGAUAAAAUUUUGCCUCCUAGUAAAAAUCAAUUGAUUCAUCGUCCUAUUCAAAUUCAAGCUAGAAGUCGAAUAGAUACAUGGCAAACACAAUUUUCACGUCGACGAGCUCAUAGCGCUACAGAAAUUCAUAGACCUAUUCAUAUUAUUGGUCAAAGUCGAGUCGAUACUUGGCGAACAUCCGAAAAAAUGCCACAUUCUUCAAAACAUCAAUUAAUUCAUCGUCCCAUUCAAGUAGAGGCUAACAGUCGAAUUGAUACUUGGCAAGUAAAUACAUCACGUCGACGACCUUAUGAUCCUGCUCAGAUUCAUAAACCUGUUCAUAUUAUUGGACAGAGUCGUGUAGAUACUUGGCGUACAUCUGAUAAAAUUUUGCAUCCUAGUAAAAAUCUAUUUAUUCAUCGUCCAAUUCAAGUUCAAGCUAAAAGUCGAAUCGAUACAUGGGGAACAACAACAUUACGACGACGUGCUCAUAGUGCUACUGAAAUUCAUAAACCUAUUCAUAUUAUUGGUCAAAGUCGAAUCGAUACUUGGCAAACAUCUGACAAAAUACCGCGUUCUUCUAAACAUCAAUUAGUUCAUCGUCCUAUUCAAGUAGAAGCUAAAAGUCGAAUCGAUACGUGGCAAGUAAACACAUCACGUCGACGAUCACAUAGUGCCACUGAAAUUCAUAAACCUGUUUAUGUUAUUGGACAGAGUCGUGUAGAUACUUGGCGUACAUCUGAUAAAAUUUUGCAUCCUAGUAAAAAUCUAUUUAUUCACCAUCCAAUUCAAGUUCAAGCUAAAACUCGAAUCGAUACAUGGCAAACACAAUCUUCACGUCGGCGAACUCAUAGUGCUACUGAAAUUCAUAAACCUAUUCAUAUUAUCGGUCAAAGUCGUUUAGAUACUUGGCAAACAUCCGAAAAAAUGCCACCUUCUUCUAAACAUCUAUUAAUUCAUCGUCCUAUUCAAGUGGAAGCUAAAAGUCGAAUUGAUACUUGGCAAGUAAAUACAUCACGUCGACGACCUUAUGAUCCUGCUCAGAUUCAUAAACCUGUUCAUAUUAUUGGACAGAGUCGUGUAGAUACUUGGCGCACAUCAGAUAAAAUUUUGCAUCCUAGUAAAAAUCUAUUUAUUCAUCGUCCAAUUCAAGUUCAAGCUAGAAGUCGAAUUGAUAGCUGGCAAACAUCAGCAUACCGUCGUAGAGCUCACAGUGCUUCGGAAAUUCAUAAACCUAUUCAUAUUAUUGGACAAAGUCGAAUAGAUAAUUGGCAAGAAUUAGAAAAUGAGUCUCAUUCUACAAGAAAUCAAUUGAUGCAUCAUCCUAUUCAAGUUCAAGGCAAGAGUCGUUUAGAUACAUGGCAAAAUAAAUCGUUGUAUCAAACACGACGUCGUAGUUUAUCACCUGUUAAUAAACCAUUCCAUAUUCUGGGUCGAAGUCGUCUCGAUAAUUGGAAUACUUCUGAAUUAAUAUCUGAUAAUCGAUCAAAAUUUUUUCAUCAACCACUUAAUAUUCAUGCUCAUUCUACAAUUGAUAAUUGGCAAACACAAAUAAAUGUAUCUCAACGAUCAAAAAGCGUUCCAACUAUUCAUGAACAAUUAUAUAUUAAACCACAAUCACGAAUUGAUACAUGGUUAUCAACGAAUAAUAAAACUCGAGAGAGUACAGUCGAGAUCGUUCAUAGACCGUUGAAUGUCACUGGUCGAUCUCAGAUUGAUACCUGGCAACAAACAACAACACAGAUUAAUAAGAAUAAAAGGAAAUCGAUUAAUUAUCCAAUUCAAGUUAAUGCUCAUUCUCGUAUUGAUACAUGGCGUAAUGAACGAGAAAAACCUAUUUCAUCAGUUUCGAAACCUAUUCAUCAACCAAUACAUGUUCAAGCUCGAUCAAAAAUUGAUACAUGGGCAUCAAAUACUCGUUCAAAAACUGAUCAUGUUCAUCUAAUGGUCAAUAAUCCUAUUUAUAUAAAUGGACAAAGUAAAAUCGAUACUUGGUCAACUGUACGACAAGGACGAAUUGUUAAAAGAAAAAAACCGUUCAAUCAUCCUGUAAAUAUAGCUGCUCGAUCACAAAUCGAUUCUUGGCAACAAAUAAAAGAAUCCAUACGUCAAUCGAGUGCCCCUAUUAACAGACAUCAACCAUUGCAUGUCUUUGCUCGUUCACGUCUUGAUACUUGGCAAUCAAUUCCAAGUAAAGAAUCCAUUUCAUCAGCAACAUUUCAACUUGCUCAUAAACCAAUGCAUGUUCAAGCACAUUCAAAAGUUAAUACAUGGAAUAAUAAUAUAAUUCUUAAACGAAAUAAAAUAUUUCAAGAGAAAAAACAAUUUAUUCAUGUUGAUACACGAUCAAAAAUUGAUACAUGGCUUGAACCAUCAACGAAAAAUACUUCUCUACAUCAAUCAAAAUCAUUAUCAAAUCGAUCAAUUGAUUUAUCACAUAUAAAACCAACUAUAAAUACUUGGAAUGAUAACUAUAAGACAUCAAAAAAUAGUAUUGAAAUUUUACAUCAACCAAUUCAUGUUGAAGCUCAUUCAAAAAUAGAUACAUUUCAAUCUCAAAAUUUAUUAGCUGAAAAUCAAUUUGACAAAGAAAAUCUCUUUCAAGAAUCUCAUCGAAUUCAUAUUGAAGCUAAAUCAACAAUUCAUCCAUGGAGUAAUCAUCAAACAAUUAAACGAUAUCGAUCAUUAAGUCCAAUUGACAAUCUACAACAACAAACUAUUUUUAUUGAUCCAAAAUCAACUAUUCAAAGUUGGAAUUUAAAUGAAUCAAUAAAAACAAAAGAAAAAGAUGUUAAUUUAAAUCAACGAACAAAUAUUAUUGGAAAAUCAAAAAUAGAUAAUUGGAAUGAUAUGUCAAGAAAAAUGAUUAAACAAAAUAAACAAAUAAAUACACAACCAAUACAUGUUGAUUCACAUUCACAUAUUGAUACAUGGUCAAAUGAUAUUAAACAACGAAAUAUAUCAACCAGUAAUAUUAAUGAAACACCUUUAAUGAUUCAUUUUGAUCAUGCUAAAUCAACGAUUGAUAAUUGGAAUGAACAUAACUUAUCGUUUAUUGACCCAAAAUCAACGAUUGAUACUUGGCAAGAUAAUACGAAAUCAUAUCAACGUUUAAAACGAAAAUUACUUAAAACACCAGAACCAUCAAUAAUCCGUGAAGAAACACUAUAUAUUUCUAGUCCAACUAAUGAAAUAAAUAAUGAACAAACAUCAGAGAUACAACAUCGAAUGCAUUUUCAACCUGUUUCACAAGUUGAUUGUUGGAAUUGGUCAUAUCGACCACGAGUUGCUAGUGCUAAACCACAAUGGAAUUCUGCAACAUCUAAAGCAAGUUCAGCUCAACAUACAACACAAAAACCUGCAAGUGGUACUACUAAGACUUCAAAUCAAAAACCACAAUUGAAUGCUAAAUCGAAAAUCGGCUCAUUGGAUAAUGCUCAUCAUAAACCAGGCAGUAGUAGUACAGCUAAAGGUGACAAUAAAAAACCUGAUUCUAAAGAAAAAUCUAAACCAAAAACUGACAGUAAUGUUCAUGAAAUAAUGACAACAGGUGGUGGUGAUGGUAAUGAAGCUAGUGCAACAGUUAAUGAAGAACAUCCUCAAAUAGUUGAUGAAACAUCAAAUGAAAUAAUGGAAUCACAAAAAAAUGACGACGGUGACAAAUAA